AUAGAUAACAACAGUAGGGAUGAAUGACUAAGUCAAUUUUGGAGAGCAUCGUAAGGUAAAGAUUAGUUAGAGAGAGAGAGACGAAGACUUGAAAAGUCCACUCGAGUCUUCUUCCAAUAAUCUCAAUUCUUUGUUACAGUAUCUUUCAAUUCACACCAACCACAUGUUUCUUCAUCUAUUGACUCUCCUUAUUUCUCUCUCUCUCUAAAUUUUUCUAUCACAACUAUGGAGAAACUCUGUUUUAGAUACUCUGUUGCUCUCUUUAUGACUAUGGUAGUUAUUGUUCUUCUUCCACGUCACACUCUUUCCGCUACUUCUCAAUAUUCUCGUCCCGAGAAGUUCUACGUCAACUGUGGGUCGGAUUCUAACAUCACCUAUGGUGGUCGGACCUUCGUCGGAGAUAUGAUCUCCGGUAGUAACUCCGUCUCCUUCAGCAGUAAAGGAACCGAAGCCAUCAACCAAUCAGGACCGGGAAUCUACGGGACGGUGAGGAUAUUCAGACGCCCUUCUUCUUACAAGCUCCAACUCGAUUCUGUCGGUCUACACUUUGUGCGUCUCCAUGUCUCCUCUCGGACAGAGCUUUUAACUUCUCGUUUCACCGUCUCCGCCACAUCUGGCUCCACUCACCACUUCAAAAGCUUCUCGGUUCAGAACUUCAACGAGACCCCACGAGUCGAGGAGUUUCUCCUGAUGAUCGACUCUUCGAAACUCGAAAUCCGAUUUGUGCCUGAACCUACCUAUGUAGCUCUUGUCAACGCCAUCGAAGUGUUCUCCGCUAAUAACGACCUCGAGAUUACGCCCGAGUCCGACAAGAAUCUCCAUACGGUUUACAGAUUAAACGUAGGAGGGCAGAGAGUCACGCCUGAAAACGACACCUUGGGACGUACCUGGUCGCUUGACGAUGACUUCCUCUACCAAAAAGAAGCUGCGAGAAACAAUAGAACAGCGCAACAGCCUAACUACGAUUCGGGUUCGGCCACGGAGUACACGGCGCCUGCUUUCGUCUACCAAACGGCUAAAGCAAUCAACCGCAGCUCGAGCGACCAAACGGAUAUGCUGAUGAACGUUACUUGGUCGUUUAAGGUGCAAAAUAAAACAAAGCAUUUCAUCAGGGCUCACUUCUGUGAUAUCUUGAGCGGUUCACAAAGCCCCGACUCCGAUUUUUAUCUGUAUGUGAACGGGCGAGCGAGGAAAAAUGUAAAUCCUUCAGAGCAGAUUAGGCUGGUCACUCCUUUUUAUAUCGAUGUCGUGGAUGUCUCUGAUGGCUCUGGACUCUUGAAUGUUAGCAUAGGUACUAAGGAGCCCCGUAAGGAUGCUGGUUUUCUUAAUGGUCUGGAGGUGAUGGAGUUUCUGAACAAAUCCGAUUCUUCAGAUAAAAGUAGUUCCCUGGUUCACAUCAUUAUUGGUUGUGUUGCUGCUGUUUCUAUCCUGGUUUUGAGUUUGUUGUUUACCAUUUUUUUCUUGAAACGGAGGAGAUCGAAGAAGAAGAAGAAGCCAGAGGAGGAGGCCACUAUAUGGUCUCCUGUGGAACUGUACAGAGGUGGGAGCUCCGACAAUAGACUAUUCGAUCCGGUCUAUAAUUCGCCAUUACGCACCAAUAGACCUUUCGAUCCGGUCCAUAACUCGCCACUACGCAACCUAAACUUAGGCUUGAAGAUUGCAUUCGCAGACAUUCGGAGAGCUACAAACAACUUCGACCCCCAGUGGUUGAUCGGGAAAGGCGGUUUUGGAGACGUCUACAAAGCCAUUCUUCCGGAUGGAAGCAGGGCAGCUAUCAAGAGAGCAAAGACCGGUUCAGGACAAGGGAUACAAGAGUUUCAAACGGAGAUCCAAGUCUUGUCAAGAAUCCGGCACAAACACCUCGUUUCUUUAAAAGGCUACUGCGACGAAAACGCGGAGAUGAUCCUUGUCUACGAGUAUAUGGAGAAAGGUACGCUUAAAGAGCAUCUCUACGGCUCGGAUAUGCCUUCGUUGACGUGGAAACAGAGGCUAGAGAUAUGCAUUGGAGCAGCCAGAGGAUUGCAUUAUCUCCACAGCGGCUCGGAAGGAAUCAUCCACAGAGACGUCAAAUCAACAAACAUACUACUAGACGAGAACAACGUGGCCAAAGUUGCGGAUUUCGGGCUCUCGAAACUCGCGGUCCGCGAACAAGAUCCGGUCAAUAUCAGCAUGAACAUCAAAGGGACGUUCGGUUACCUCGACCCGGAGUAUCUGCAGACGCACAUCUUCACGGAGAAAUCGGAUGUGUACGCGUUCGGAGUCGUACUCCUCGAGGUUCUGUGCGCGAGACCUGCUCUCGCGCACGAUCUUCCGCACGAGGAAGUGAACCUCGCGGAAUGGGCGUUGUUCUGCUUAUCGAAAGGGAUAGUCGACGAGGUUUUAGAUACGAAACUGAUUGGUCAAAUCGAGGCGAGUUCUUUGAGGAAGUUCAUGGAGAUUGUUGAGAAGUGUUUAAGGGACUGCGGCGAAGAGAGGCCGAGCAUGGGGGACGUGAUCUGGGAUCUUGAGUAUGUUCUGCAGCUUCACAUGACGCCGGUUCAGAGAGAGCCUCACGAGGAUAGCACCAUGACGAUCUCUGGCGUUGGAGGUGGAAACUCGUUGGUGGUUCCGAGGUUGAUGGUGAGUGAUUCGUUUAGCGACAACUCGUUUGUUCAGAAGAAGAGCAGCGAUGGAGAUUCAUCCGAGACUCGGGUUUUCUCCCAGUUGAAGAUCUCUGAAGCAAGAUAAAAAAAGGCUUUGCGUUAACCGGGUUUCCCAAACUUACCGUGUCCAUACUGGUUAACCGGUAUGGAAAUCAUCAUAUCCAAUUGGUCCGUUUGGAAUUUUAUAGAUUUAAAAGUUGAUAAAAAAUUAUACUAAUAGAUUUAAAAAGUAAUGAAAUAUUUUUCAAAACU